CGUGCAGUAGAUUGCCAGUGUUAGCCAGUCUAGCGAAUGCGGUCGGUGUGUGUGUGCGUAUAGAAACAACGUCGGCAUCAAUCCGUGCAAGUUUUUCGGUGAUCGCGGUUUUCUUCGCCCUGUGCUUGUUGUACGCCGUCGUCGUAGGGACCGCGCGGAAGGUGCAGGCUGCGGCAUCGUCAUCGUCGUCGUCGUCGUCGCUGUCGUCGAUGUUGUAACUCGUCGUGAUCGUGAAUAUUGUUGCGUGGGAAACCGUUUUGUAAGCGACGUAAGGAUUCGGUAGAAGAGCGACGCAGCGGUGCAGUGUACGUGUGUGCAGAGCAGCGAACCGCAGUAAUGCCGUCCGGCAAACUGGCCAGCGCCCCUCUUCAUAACUACCAGAUCUCGCUCAGCUCGGUGAUCAUGGACACGAACGGACUCACGGACCACAUGAGUAGUGGCGGCAGCAGCUCCGAGCAUGACGGCUACAACAAGCAGACGAUGGUCGUCGCCGCCGACAAGAGCAAGACGAACCUGAUCGUCAACUAUCUGCCGCAGACGAUGACGCAGGAGGAGAUACGCUCGCUCUUCGGCAGUCUCGGCGAGAUCGAGAGCUGCAAGCUGAUCAGAGAUAAGACCACAG